UGCGCAAUCCACCAAUUCCCAAUGCCUGCUUUCUCAAGUUUCCUAAAUUCCCCACCUUUCCUGUUUGGGGGUCUCUCUUCAGCCCAAGAAAGCUCUGAUUCCUUCCCUGCCUUCUCUCAUCUACAAUUCCCUCCUCACUAUUCUGAACCAAUGCCUGAAGCCUUCUCUGCAAUAAAGCCCUCGUUGCUUCUCUUAUUUAAUAAACGCUGGCUUCUCUAUCAUUGUUCCACAGACAGAUACAUAGAAGAAAUUCCAAGCCCUCAUCACAGAAGCAAUGCCUCCUUUGGUUCUCCAUUGCCACAUACUCUUCCUCUUGUGUCUAUGCCUCAAUCCAGGUUCAAGAGCUGCACAGCAGUUGAAAGAGCAUAGUGAAGUACUACUAUCAACUUCCACAUUUGCUGUGCAGCGAGACACCACUCCUGCAAGUAUUCCUAUUGUCAACCCGACAAAUCCAGGUUCUUCGACUCCCUUUGUGAACCCAGCAUCACCUUCCCCGCCAGCCACCACGUUGCCAAUCCCAAGUCAAGUCACGCCUCCAGCAACUACCAUGCCGACUACCACGCCUCCGGCAACUACCAUGCCGACUACCACGCCUCCAGCAACUACCACGCCGACUACCACGCCGACAACAUCAAGCGGACAAUGGUGUGUCGCGAACGCAGGCGCGUCUCAAACAGCUCUGCAGGUGGCUCUUGACUACGCUUGCGGUUAUGGAGGCACAGACUGCUCAGCGAUACAGCAGGGCGCGAGUUGCUAUGAUCCUAACACCCUGCAAGAUCAUGCCUCCUAUGCCUUCAAUGAAUACUACCAGAAGAAUCCGGCUCCCACUAGCUGUGCCUUUGGAGGAACGGCACAACUCACUUCAACUGACCCAAGUCAUGGAAGCUGUCACUUUUCAUCUUCCGGCGCAAGUUCAACUCCACCUUCUCUUACUCCACCGACUGCUACUUCACCACCUUCACCGACAUAUAGCACACCAGUUUACCAAACCCCACCUUCAGUACCAGGGUCACCAGAAACCUUCGGGGUUGCAGAGCCGACGGGACUUCCCAGCUCAGCCACCUCCAUCACAUGCAGCUUUGCGGUUCUACUCAUCGCAGCUUGCCUGUCGUGGUCGCUUCCUGCAUGUGGUCCCUAAGCCAAGGCAAGGAAAGUUGCAGCUAGCGCUACUAUGAGAAGGCAAUUCAAUCGCUUCCUUGCAUAUCUCAUGGUAUUUGCACUUGAAGGAGACAACCAGGAUACGCAAGGAGGCAUUUUGAUUUAUCGGAGCCUGAUCGACCUUCAAGGUGGUGCUCUCUUCCUACAGAAGCCAACCUGGAAGCAGUCAAGAUGCACGAGAUCUCUUGUAUUCUUGUCUUUUACAUCAACACCAGAAUAGAUGCAGACCCAGAAGAAUAAUUUACAAUACAGGAAAUCAGAAUAGUCAUAUAGUGUAAGAAUCAUCUACACACAAUUAGCCAACACAGAUAAUAAUUCAUUUAGUUUUCUGGAUGAGCAAGAUGUCUCCUUGUCUUUCAUGGA